AUGAUAGAUCAAAGUGAAAUAAGUAAUACUCCAAGUAUUAGUGUAUCAAGAGUAGGGAUGCUGGGAUACGACAGUGUGGGUAGUGGGAGUGGUCAAAAUAUGAUGGAUGAUACAGCUAGUAACAUUAGUGGUAGCGUUAGUAGUUUUUAUACCAGAUCAUCGAUGAAGAAUAGAAAUUUAAUAUUAAGUAAUGGCAAUAGCAGUGUCAGAAGUAAUCAUAGCAAUAAUAAUAAUCAGUCUCCUGAAAAACCAAAAAAGAAAUUUGGAAUUUUACAUCAUUCAAUUCAUUUUUCAAGUAUAGGAGGGUUGUUUUCAAUGCAAAAUCUUCCAAAUCAAAAAUCAUUCACAGAUUUAGGCCAAAAAAUAUUUCAUGGUAAAGGAAUAAGGAAGCUAAGAUCGAUGAAACGAAGAAGGAAUGCAAAGAAAUCAACAAAGUCUUAUGCUAGACGUAAGAAGAUUAGUCAGUUAAUGAAUUCAAAGUGGGCAAUGAUUGUGAUGAUAGUGGCAACCAUUUAUCUCUUGUAUAUUGAUGAUUUGCUUUUAACAACUUUGGCACCCAAUACAUCAGCAUCCUAUAAUAUAGUCUCUGUAAUCAAAGUUAUUGUAUUUUUAAUUUUUGUAAUCGAUAUGAUAUUUCAAAUAUAUGUUCAACGUUUAAAUUAUGUGUUGACAUUGUUCUUCCCCAUCGAUUUAGUUUCCAUCGCUUCUUUGGUACCCGAUGUAAUUGGUUAUAUUUUUGGUUUAACCAGUAUUGUAUAUGCACUCAAUAGUUUGUCCAUCUCAAGAACUGCUCGUGUCGCUAGAAUGGCCUCUCGUUUAUCAAGAAUAGCAAGAAUUAUAAACUUUUUCGAUGUUUUUCAGUGUGGUAAAAGAGUACAAGAAAAGAAUAAAAAUGAAAUUCAGUUAUCAGUCGAGCCUAGCACCAUUGGUAAGAAGCUUUUAUCUAAAACUUCACACAAGAUCGUGGUAAUGUGUUUGUUGAUUGUAUUAAUCACCAUUUUGACAUCACCCACACUGGAUCAACAUAAAUACUUUUUUUCAAUUCUAGAGUUAUUGGUUAUAUCAGCCACACAAAAUGGUCUUGCAUCACCAGCAUUCCAAGCAGCAUUCAAUGAUAUUCAAGAAAAUAGAGAUACUGUCGAUUUAUUGUACCUCAAUAUCAACAAUACAUUGGUUUAUCAGUCACCAAUCGAUACAGAUCUCUGGUACCCAAGUUAUAUCAUCAAAAUCGAUAGUGAUAAUAAUGAAAUGUGGGUUAAUAAUCAACGUAACGAACAAAUUUUAGCUGCUCUUAGUAUAACGAUGACAACAUGUUUAAUCAUCAUUCUUUGUGUUGGUACCUUGUUAAUUUCAUAUGAUUUCCAAAAAUUAGUAAUCAAACCAAUCGAAAGAAUGAUAUCCCUUAUAAAGAAAAUUAGUUCAAUGGAUAGAGGUUAUGGCAGCGAUUACGACGAUUCUGAUCAAGAUGAAUACACUGGUGGUGCAGAUGGUGUCGAUGAUGAGGGAGGUGAUGCCCAAAUGGCCGAUAUGGAAGUUGGAGGUUUCAGUAGUGGUGGUGAAUCUGAUUUCGAAAGCUUUGGUGAUUAUGGAACUGAGGAGCAUGAAACUGAAAUCUUAGUUGAAGUUUUAACAGAUUUAGCAUCAAAAAAAAUGAAUAAUUUUAAUAAAGAACAACAGGCACAAGAAGCAAAGCAACAGGUUAUAAAUGGAUUAAAUUAUUUGGUUGCAGGUAUCAAAGCAUAUUCACAAAGAAAACAUUAUAAUGGCGAAUUAAAGGUUUAUUCAAGAAGAGGUAGAAUCGUUAAAGAGUUAUUAACUACAGAGCAAUCUUAUGUAAAUUCAUUAAAUAUUGCAGUUGAACACUUUUUAAUUCCAAUUAGAACCAAUAGUCAUAUUUCGAAUGAAGAUUCUACAACCAUUUUUUCAAAUAUAGAAGUUGUACAUCAGUUUAAUAAGGGAUUUUUAGAGAUUAUCGAAGAAAAAGUAAAUAAUUGGCAUUUUAACCAAUCGAUCGGUGAAUCAUUUAGCUAUAUGGAAAGUGCAACCCAAUCUUACAGUACCUAUGUAAAUAAUUAUAAUAAUGCAAUCAAGGCAUUAGAGGAUGCUAAAAAAGAAGAAAAGUUUGCAGAGUUCCUUCAAGAAACUAGAGAACAAAAAGCCAAAGGUAUAGAGUUGGUUGGCUAUUUAAUCAUGCCCAUUCAAAGAAUGCCUCGUUAUGUUAUGUUGCUAGAGGAUCUCUUAAAGCACACACACCAACAACACUAUGAUUACGAGCACAUCGAUAAUGCAGUAAAGAAUUUAAAGAAGAUUACAGUCCAGUUAAAUGAAAGAAAGAGAGAAAGUGAAAAUAAACAAUCCAUUCAAGACAUUUACAUGAAAUUAGUUCCACCAGUCCAAGAUAUUCUCGUACCAGGUAAUAGUAUAGUAAUGCAAUCAAAAUUAAAGCAGGAUGGUGACAAAUUCUACUUUUUCCUUUUCAAUAGUGGUCUAUUAAAAGCAGCAAAACAUGAAAAUGAAUUACACGUAAAACAAUACAUACCAAUCAAAGAUAUUGUAGUCCAGUUAUCUGUGCUUCAAGAUGUACCAUCAUUAAAGUUCUUUAAUGCAUUCCAAAUUAAAAUUGAAGAUGAAAUGGUAUUGGUAUUUGCUAAAACACCUGAACAACGUCAAGAGUGGAUUACUGCAUUUGCACAAUUUACAAAAGUUCAAACUCAACGUACAAAAUCAGUUUUGAUGAUGAAUAAUCAUUUACGUAAAUCCACCAUCUCAAGAAAUAGUUUAGGUGGUAGUUUAACUCAAUCCCAAUCACCUUCUUUAAAUCACAGCAGAUUAUCAGUUUCAUCAGCUUCGUCAAAAAAGCAAUAG